UUAUUGAUUUUAGAUCCAUAUUUAGUUGGUUGCAUUAUUUCGGAUUGAGGACUACAAGACAUCAGUCAACGAGACGACUACUAAGAAACUAAUUAACUUUAUUACAGAAAUGGCCGACAUUUGCGAGAGCUGCGCAUGCGCUCUCCACUCGGCCGCCAACAUGGCCACCAGUGCUAUAUUGCUUAAAGUCUGUUGAGGAGAUAUAUUCACCGUUUGUCUUUUACUGCACAAAUACUUGCAUUUAUUUCUUUGCUCAAGAGUUUUCCUCACAAUGAAUAAAUUACCUGGAAUGGGCGAGAAUAACUGCCCUGUUGUGAGUACAAGUCAGAUGAUGGCUUUGAACCAGCCACCAGCGGGUCUUCGACCUGUCAUUACAACGAGUCAAGUGAACCCUGCAAUGUCUGUGUCCCCAGCAGAGAGCAAGGUCCUUGACAAACGGCGACUCCAGGAACUUGUGAAGGAAGUCGAUCCUUUGGAACAGCUGGAUGAAGAUGUAGAAGAGGUCUUAUUACAAAUAGCUGAUGACUUCAUUGAGAAUGUCGUUACUAAUGCGUGCCAAAUAGCUAAACACCGCAAAUCUAAUGUCUUAGAAGUGAAAGAUGUCCAGUUACACCUGGAACGUAACUGGAAUAUGUGGGUUCCUGGUUUUGGUUCUGAAGAUCUUCGACCAUAUAAGAAAGCAGUGGUCACUGAUGCUCACAAGCAGAGGAUGGCUUUAAUCAAGAAAACAUUGAAGAAAUACUAAUGUGAUAGAGACUUUCAUCCUAGCAAAAGUGGACUGCUGAAGUCAAGUGGCCCGCCUCACCAAUAUAUCUCACGUCUACCGUACUGAAUGUGGCUGAAUACAAUCACUUCCUGUGGAUGUUUUACGAGAAGCAAGUUAUCUUAGCACCACACAACUGGUACUUAAGUGAUGAUGAUGAUGAUGAUGAUAAUGAUGGUCUUUGAUCAGCUAACAUCUGUAGCAGAUUGCAGAUGGUCUGCUGGUUGACCUUUGGUCAAUUUUGUGGCCAUUUAUAUAAAUAUUGCCAACUAUAAUAUUUAAAUUAAUGAUGCCUGUUUUAUUUAAUUUAUGGACAAAAACAUCCUGAAUUAGGUAAAUAGCCUCUCCGUUGCUAUGGAUACUUUGCACUCAUUGAUGCAUUCUACAUUCUAAUUAGCUUACACACACACACAUAAGCCUAUAUACAUUUACACAACUGCAUACAAAUUCAUACACACACACACACACACUUUUCUGUGCAUUGUAUCAUCUCAGAUCUCUUCCUUUCAACCUGUUUCGACAGCAAUAUAUGAUGCUAUAUUUAUAUCCUUUUUAUCGCUCAUUUCAGAAUGAUAUCCUCCACUUCUCUCUUUUGGCAUCAAAAAUAUAUAAAACAAACCAUCAAUUAAAACAUUAAAAAACUUCCUCAAAGUACAACCCAC